UUUUGAUCGUUUUUUAUCACACAAAAAAGACAAGAAUAUUUUAAAUGAUAUUACAAAAUUAAUAUGAUAGAAAUUUCCGAAUAGUUAUCGUUGUUUAUGCGUAACAAAAGCUGCGAUUCGGGUUUUAAGGUUUUAAUUCUUCUUGAGGAAUUUUUUUUUCUAUUGCAAGGGCAAUCCAAUUGUUCUUCUAUUAGAGAAGCAACAGAAAAUAGAAAAUAAAAGAAACAAAAAAAAAGAAAGAGAGAGAAAGAGAAAACGUUCUCGUUUUCGUACAUGAUCGGUUACGUAUACUCGCGGAUCUUGGAUUAUCAAAGGUUCGCGAAAGGAAUCUUUCGUCUGUGAAACAAUCAUGUAUAUUAGUGGUGAACUACUAGUUGACGAAUGAUUGUCACGUAUUACGAUAAAAGUGACAAAACUAUUUACGACAUUAUCGUGUGGGUUGUGAAUUCGAAGUAUCGUAUAAAUCAAAUGACGCAAUUACGAUGAUAUUUUCUUCUUUUUUACCUUUUUUUUUUUAUUUGGUUCUUUUUUUGUUUUGUUUUCUUUUUUUAAGAAGAAGAAGAAGAAGAAAAGAAGAAGAAAAGAAGAAGAAGAAGAAGAAGAAGAAUUCUAUUACGAUAAGAAAUAGAAAAAUAUACGAGAUUCAUCUUCAUCAUUCAUUAUAUAUCAUUCUAAGAUAUACAUAGGUCAAUAAAUCUUAGAUGCAUAGAUCUAUUGAACAUGACCCAUGAACGUUGUUGGCUGGUAUCGUUGGUUCGCAUAACUCGCUCACGGAAAUGGCGAGACACGUUGUAGCCUUAAAGAGAGCAUUUUCUUGGGUGUGGUUAAGACCCUGUCUUUGUGGUGAGUAUAGUAUAAAAAGGUGGGGCAUGAUCGAGUGCCAAUGCAGUCACUACUCCUAUAAAUUCGACGAUCUACGUCAGUGAAACUUGUAAUGCAGUUCUCGACUUCGUUUGAAUCGGACGUGAUAGUUAGAAAUCGUUGCUUCUUAGAACGUCAUUUUGAUUGAGUCCGUACAUCGGGGAAAGAUGAUCCAGUAUAUCGUAAUAUUUUGUGGAAUGUUGAGCGUGGUCUUUGGUGCUCCGCAAUGGUAUGGACCACAUCAUGCUGGUUAUGGUGGUCAUGCCGCACCGGCACCGCUUGGUCCCGACGGUCGUGUCGUAGAUACUCCUGAAGUAGCCCAAUUAAAGGCCGCACAUUUGUCAGCUUUAGCCGAGGCAAACGCACGUGCACCAAAAGGACCUGGACCUGUAUCCGGACCUUAUCCAUCCCAUGCGGCACCUGCUGGUUACGCGCCGCAUUACAGUGGACCACCGGCACCAUUGGGACCCGAUGGACGCGUAGUAGACACACCCGAGGUUCAACAAGCUAAGUCAGCACAUUUCUCUCUUUACAAUGCGGAAGCACAACGUGUACCAGCUGGGCCAGCUGAUCCAGUUUCAUCUGGUGCCUAUGAUCCAUCCUGGAAUAAUAAUGGUGCUUGGAAUCAAGGCUCAUGGAAUAACGGAAACAAUUAUUAUUGAAAGGAUCUUUCUUUUUCUCUCUCACUCUCUCUCAUUUUCUGACUUUUUUUUUCUUUCUUUAUUUCUUUGAUCACGUUCGUUCGACUGCAAUCAAUUUAAAAGAAGAUACUCCGUUCGCGUAUCUUUUGAAAGUCUACCUCGAGAUAAUAUUCGACUAUUUUAUCUACCUCGUACCAAGACUAAUCUUAAGAAGAAGAUGAAGAAGAAAUAUAUAUAUAUAUAUAUAUAUAUAUAUAUAUAUAUAUAUGCUCAGUUCGUUCCGACUGGUUUCAAGUAUAAUUUUCAACUACCUCUUAUUAUUUAUUCGGACGAACGAGUAAUAUAUUUCUUCGAUUCAUAGAUCUCUCUUUCUCUUUCUCUCUCUCUCUCUUUUUCUGUCUAUUUCUUUUGCUUUUUUAUUUUAUCAUUUAUAUUAUAUUGUCAUAUUACAUUUCGAGCGAUCAAUUCUAUCCAAUCUCUUUUAUGCGUAUGGUGCUAUUAAAUAUAUUAUAUAUACAUACAUAUAUAUAUAUAUAUAUAUAUACAAACACAUACACGCACACAAAUAUGUAUACAUAAAAGUGUUAUAAAUAAUCUAGUUAUAUCAAGAAUUUUCAAUCCUCAUUAUAUCAAUCGUUAUAUCAAUAAUUAUGUAUCGAACGAGUUCUCAUUGCAAGGAAAUAAUUUUCAAGGUUAUUCGAAUAAUAUUGUUUUAAACAAGUUCUUUAUUUUUUUUGUUUUUUUAUUUUUUUUAUUUUUUUUUUUUUUUUUCACUUGUCUUUAUAUUGCCUUCUUGUUAACGAUUCUAUUCGAUUAGUUUACGUUCAUUGACGUGAACAAAAGUAAGUUCUUUGUGGCGAACGUAAAUAUGCAACAUGUGCGAAGGCCGUUUUUUUUAUAGAUCGUAUAAAUCGUAGUAUAUAGAUCAACAGUGAUCCCGGCACGUGCCGAUCGAUUAACACGCUCCUGACAAGAUUUCGAUCGAACUGACAAUACGGUAGUGCCAUUAAUGUCAUGUUAUUUUUUGAUUUAUCGUUUUUGAUUUAUCAUUGGAUAACGAGUAUCACCAUCGCCGUUGCAUACUUUAUUACUAUUACCUACGAAUAAUAUGAUUUCAUGAUUUGCCAUUUUUUUUUUCCUUCUCUUCUCUCGUUUUAUCUUUUCAUAAUAAGAUCACGAUAUCAAUUUUAACGUGCUAUUUAUUAACGAAGAUGUUAUUUGAUUAGAAAAAAUUGUUUUUCUAUUAUCGAAAUAUAUAUCAAACAAUAUGCACAGAGUUUUAUAA